UGUCUCUUAAGUUUCGUUUAACUUACAUUAGUGUUUACCUUUUUUUUGUAAAACUCCAUGCUGUAUAUUUAUUGUAGAAACAGAGUUCUAAGUUUGGCUGACCAUAUACAUAAGGCUUCAUUUCACAUUUGUCUAAUGAUUUGGUUAGAUUUGGGUCCAGUUUUCUUGUCAUAUCACAUGAGGAUGCAUAGGAGUUCUCAUCCUACUUUUAGUAAGAUUGGUUAAGUGUGGAUAUACAUACCUAGUACAUAUGAGUGCAUUUAUACGUGCCAAAAUACUCCUGCCCAAACGCUCGUAGCAGCCCACCUGCCCAUCAGUAAGAGAAUAGGUAAAUAAACUGUAUUUGGGUAUGAUGGAAUACUACAUAGCAAUAAAAGCAAUAAACAAAUUAACUGGCAUCACCAACACUGCUGCUGUUUCUCACAGAAAUAACCUUGAAUGAAAAGAGUUGACAUAAUAGAAAGCCUGCUGUAUGAUUUUAGAUAUAAGAAGUUCAAAGAUGGGUGAAAUUGUCUGAUUUAACCAUACCAUAAGACCAAUGAAACAAUACUACCUUAUUAAAAAGUUCUUUUUACCCCUUCUGAUUGAGAUAGCUCCCCUUAAUCCUGUAUUCCAUUUCCAUAGAUCUUAGGGUUUAUUUCCAUAUCUUAUUAUUACAUUGGUUUGAGUAUUCAUGUGCCUGUUACAGAAGUUUUAUGGUUUUGUUUUGUUUUGUUUAGAUUUUAUUUUUAAGUGACCUCUACACCCAAGGUGGGGGCUCAAACUUGCAACCCUGAGAUCAAGAGUUGCAUGCUCCACGACUAAGCCACCCAGAGAAUGGCAUUCCCUGUGGAUAUGCUGGAUAAUUGCAGUCAUGAGGAACUAGAAAAUUCUGCUGAAGAUUAUAUGUCAGAUCUAAGGUGUGGGGACCCUGAAAAUCCUGAACGUUUUUCUCUUCUCAAUAUUACGAUUCCUAUUAGCCUGUCAAAUGUAGGCUUUGUACCUCUCUAUGGUGGAGAUCAGACUGAGAAAAUUCUUGCUCUUUUUGCACCUGAGGACUCACUCACAGCUGUGGCACUUUACCUUGCUGAUCAGUGGUGGGCUAUUGAUGAUAUUGUGAAAACAUCUGUUCCUUCUAGAGAAGGGCUUAAGCAGGUGAGAACUCUUGGGGAGAGAGUGGUUCUGUAUGUUCUGAAUCGAAUUAUUUAUAGAAAACAGGAAAUGGAGAGACAUGAGAUACCAUUCCUGUGUCAUAGCAGUACUGAUUACGCUAAGAUUCUGUGGAAGAAAGGAGAGGCCAUUGGUUUUUAUUCAGUUAAGCCUACAGGAAGCAUAUGUGCCUCAUUUCUUACCCAAAGCUACCAACUGCCAGUUCUUGAUACAAUGUUUGUAAGAAAGAAAUAUCGAGGCAAAGAUUUUGGACUUCAUAUGCUGGAGGACUUUGUUGAUUCCUUUACAGAAGAUGCACUUGGCUUGCGGUAUCCUCUCUCCUCUCUCAUGUACACAGCUUGCAAGCAGUACUUUGAAAAGUAUCCAGGAGACCAUGAACUCCUUUGGGAGGUUGAAGGUGUUGGACACUGGUACCAGCGAAUACCAGUCACCAGAGCAUUGCAGAGAGAAACACUUAAAAUUACAGCAGUUUCUCAAAAUGAAGCUAAAAGAUCUGUGUCUGGAGAAUAUGGUCUUGCAUCUGUUCCAGAAUAUGAAGCAGAAACUGAAGACAAUCAGUCUAGUGAGAUGCAGCUAACUAUUGACUCUCUAAAAGAUGCCUUUGCAAGCACUUCUGAAGGUCAAGAUAAGACACCAGUUUCCACUCGUACUCGAAGUAGUCAUCUAAAGCGGCCAAAGAUUGGGAAGAGGUUUCAGGAUUCUGAAUUUAGUAGUUCUCAGGGAGAAGAUGAAAAGAUGCUCCAGGCUUUACCUACAGCUUCAAUAAACAAAUUGGAAUCUACUGCACACACAUCAGAGAGCUCAGAAGAAUUCCUGGAAGAAGAACCUGAACAAAGUGUGAUUGAAUUUGAGGAUGAAAGUAGUGAUAAGGAUGCUCGGCCUGCACCAGAAGCCCAGCCAUGCCUGGAAAAGCAAGAUGGUGAAAAGGACUCUGAAUUAGAGCCUAUGAAUGGUGAGAUAAUGGAUGAUACUCUUAAAACCUCACUUAUAACUGAAGAGGAGGACUCUGCCAGUGAAGUUUUAGAUGAAGAAAUGAAAUUGCAGUCUCUUAAUUCCAGUGAAGACGCUACUGCUUUUGUUCCACUGGUGGUAGAACCUUCAAAACCCCCUGAAACUGUUGCACAGGACAAGACAUCACAUGUAACUGACUCAGAAAUGUUGCUAGAUGAAGGCCCAUCUGAUGAAAAAGGGCACACUGAAGAGAAACUGCCGCUGGUUUCAAGAAAGAAAGCACAUUUUGGGAGUUCAGACAAUGCUGCUACUAUCCCAAAUGAAGAACGAUCCGACAGUGGUUUUCCAAACUCUGUGAUAGCAGAAUUUUCUGAGGAAUCGAUCUCUGAAAAUUUAUCACCCAACACUACUUCUUCAUUGGAAGACCAGGGUGAGGAGGGGGUACCUGAGUCCCAGGAAACAUCUACAGCUCUUCCUCAGAGCUCUCUGAUAGAGGUUGAACUUGAAGAUGUGCCGUUUUCACAGAAUGCGGGACAGAAGAAUCAGUCAGAGGAGCAGUCUGAAGCAUCUUCUGAGCAACUGGAUCAGUUUGCACAGGCAACAGAAAAAACUGUGGACAGCAGCUCAGAGGAAAUAGAAGUGGAAGUACCUGUGGUAGACAGGCGGAAUUUAAGAAGAAAGGCCAAAGGGCAUAAAGGACCUGCUAAGAAGAAAGCCAAGCUGACAUGAAUGAAGAAGAUACGCAGAUGAUAAACCCUCUUCUUUGUAAAAUAAUUGUUGUUUUUAAAAUAUGGCAAUUAAUAAAUGGCAUGGGGCACAGGGCAAAAAUUCCAAAAUUCCACUUUGAACUUAUUUAUGAUACCAGUUUUCCCUUCCCCCUUAGGACCUAAGAUUCACAUUCUUUUUAAUUUUUCAGGCUGUUCAGUGUAAAUACAAUUUUUUAUUUUUAUUAACCAUGGAAACCAGAUCAUACUAUAUUUUCUUUAGCAAUUGGAGACAUCUGACCAUUAAUAUUUCAGGAAAUUUAAAUUAAACUGAAAGUAGUAGGCUUUCCGUUACUUGUAAGGAUCACAGAAAUCUUUUAUACUAUGGAUUUUAAUAGUAAACUUGGUGAGGGUUCUAGAAGUUUUAUCUCAAAGAUCAAAACUAAUCAUUUUUUUAAAUGUAGGCAUGUCUAAACAAAAAUGUCAGUAAAUGAAAAUGUACUUCAACUAAACGAGAGCACAAAUACAGAAAUUUAUGGUGAAAGGUUUAUGAAGAUGGUAUAUUGGCUUCAUAAUUAGUUGUAUAGAUGCAGUUUCUUCUCUGACUUUAGUGUCUGAGGAAAGGUAUAAAAUCUGGUUCCACCUCAGUCUUUUAACGUCUAAUAUUUACAGUACUGCUAGGGAUUUAACUCUGGUGUGUGGGCACUAAUAUAAUCAUAGAAAAUUUCACUUGAAGCGGGGGACGAUACUUUUGUCCUCAUGUAAUUAACGUGUACUUCAGAAGUGUGAGAAACCUUCCUAAGGCUUCUCCUUAAUCCUGCCACUGCCUUUACUCUAGAAUCGUCUGUUCUCAGCUUUCAUCCACUUCCCUAACUCAGAGUGAUUCCUGCCGAGAGAUCUGCCUGCCUGUCUGCCGGCUUUUGGAUGGGUUUGGACUGUGCCUCACAAUCUUAGAUCUAGACGGCAGGAACAGCUGAACGAGCUGAGAUCGCAUUGGAGGCCUCGCUUGUUGCUUUGGUCUUGCUCACUCUUAGUUUGCUCUGUGACGACAGGGUUACAAGCUAGCCUGUGUGUAUACAUUGUGGUAUGACAGCAAAGGCCUUUGCCUAGUAAAACUUAAAAAACAAAUUCUCUUGUUAAUUUUUACAUAAUUUAUCUGAAAAUGAAUAAAAUGGUUAUUCUUAGAAUCCAGAGAGAAUCUUAAAACAGUCUUACUCUUUGGAAGUAUUGUGUGUGCUCAGAUUUGCAAUUAACUCAUAGAAUGCUUUGGCACCAUGUGGAUUGUUUUUAAAACCACUUGGUCCUUAAAUGAAAACACGUUGUGACCUUGUGUCAUUAUUUGAGGUGCUCACGAGGACUGAUGUCAAAGGUUUAUCCAGUCUGCAGUCCGGUGAUGUCAUUAAAUUUUAUUUUGGAAUGUUGAUGUUUUAGGUCUAAUGAGCUAAGUUAAAAUGUGAAACAGACAAAACAGUAAACCCUCCUAUUCAUGUAAAAUUUUGAAUACUUGUAUCCCUUACAUUUCCCUUAAUUGUCAGAGACAAGCCAGAUGAUUUCACCCCAAAUGAAAAUUAAAGUACUUUGGCCAUUUGUUCUCUCAACAAAUGCUAAUUAAUUGAAAAAAUAAGUAUGACUGGUACUAGGACUAGUAUAUCUGUCACAUGUUUAUGCUAUUUUAUAGAUUUUGUGAGAAACUUUACUACCACAAUUAGGGAAAUAAAGAUACGAAGAUUUAGUAAAUUCUUAACUUUUCCAUUUUUAAUUUCUCAUAAUAGAUUUAAAAACCUAACAGUUUACUUUUUUUACUUGGAUUGCUCAUUGUUAUCUUGAGAAUACUUUAAUAAAAGGGUGUAGUUUUAAGAUUGAGCUCACUGACAACCAUUGAUAUGUGAAUAUAGUUGCGGAGUUCACAGAACAUGGUUAUUCUUACAUAAUGGGACUAAACAGUAUAAACUCAUACUUGUUAAACUUGUUUGGUUUAUUCUUAAACAGCAAGAGCAUUUUAAGCAGUUUCAGUACUUUUUGCUUCGCAUUCAAGAAAACUUUUAUUCCAUAUCAUCUCUGACUGAAAAUGUUAUUUUGGGGGUUUGUAGAUGGUAGAGAAAGCUAGGUAGCAUAGAAAAACCUUACUUUUGUGUUCAGUAACACGUUCAUGUUCAGUAUGAGUUCUAUACUCAGUAAGUGUAGAAUUUAUAACAAAACUUCUCCAUAAGGAAUCUAAAUAAAACUAAUCAGAUACUUAGUUUUUACAAGGCAUUAGAAAAACUCGAAAAUUACAGUGGACUGAAAUCUGAUUUCAGCCAGUCUGGUUGUUGAGUGUCUUGUCAACAUUCUAUAUAGUCCUUUGUGAACUUUUUUCUUGUUUAGAACGUUUUAUUUCUGGAAAAGGAUUUCACUUCAGUUUGUGUAAAUACAUGUAUAUUUCCUUGUGUAAUAUAAAACAUAGAGAUUAGUAGAAUUUUAGUUCCUUCAAGUUUAAAUUAUCCAAUUGCUAGACAUCACAGAAAUAUAUUUAAGAAUUUAUUAUAAAGCUCCUCUGCACCUUUUAAAGGUGAGAGGAUCUAUUAUGAUUUUUUAUAAAAUCAAAUAGCAUGACAGUGUCAGUCUUCUACUUAAAAUGUCUGUAUUCAUGAUGUUUCCAUUCACAGCAGAGAAUAAAACUGCAAGGAUCACACUUGUGAUUAAUGGUUCACUUUUAGCUGAUCAGAACACUACCUAAAACAUUGUUUCCGUGACUUGAGAAAACAUCUUGAAGGUUUAGGAUUACAUCAAAUCGAAUCUUUCCCUAGUAUCUAAAUAUCUGCUCUAACGUACUGCUUUUUCCUUUAGGGAUUACCUUCUAAGGUUUGGUCACACCAGCAAACUGAUACAGAUCUUAAUGUAAAUACAGAAUUUAUACUAACAUUACUCAUCUGUGUAACAGCAUUUUAGAAAUUUCUGCCUUGUAAUAAUCUGGUGUUUUUAAGGUGUUAUCCAGUCUUUCAUGGGUGUGAUUAGUUACAAAUGUUAUGCUUUUGUUGGCAUACUAUCAAGAUUUCUUUGUACAAGAUAAUUUGCUUAUUUUGGGUUCUAAAAAAUAAGCAGACUGAGUUUUGUAGGAUUGUGCUUACCUUUAGUCUAUUUUUUUUUCACCUUCCAAAUCUUAGUCAUUCACACAUUCCCCACUUCUAUUAGUGGCAAAAUCAGUUGUUAAAAUCUAAUUGUGAGAAAGGUCCAGCUUCUGUCAUCCUGAAGUAAUUGUAUCAUAUUGGAUAGUCAUUCCCAAGGAACUAGCCUUUCUUUUCCUAAGUGUGUAUGUGUUCUAAAACUUCUCUGUUUACAGAACUUAGAAAAGAUGUUACAUUAUUCAGAAUAGCAAGUCUUAAGUACUCAAGUUUGUUUUCUUGGUAGUUUUUUUUUUUAAGUUUAAAAGUAGUAUGUUUUGUGAUUGUUUCUUGGCCUGUGUUUUGAUAUUCUUUCCCUUUUCCCUAUUUUAAUCGACAAAGAUGUGUUUAGAUAUUGAAUUUGUUUAGACAUUAAAUGAUUUUGUUAAAGGCACAAUUAAUCACAUUGGUUGUACUUUCAAGACAGACUUUAAAAAUAAACAGAAUUUAAAACCA